AUGCUGGUACUAUUUGAAAUGUCGACGGGUUUCGCUCUUUUCAAAUUUCUCAAUGAAGGAGAGCUUUAUGAAAUUCAGGAUUUAUCUCUGGUUUUUUCCAGUACUGAUGCUGCAAAAAAGGUGGUCACGUCGAAAGCGUUUCCUAAGUUUGAGAAUACAAUAGAAUAUCUUGAGGCAGCUAGCUAUUUGAUUGAUGGAAAAGCUAGCACGGGUCUGCGCAAGUUCCUGCACAGUCAUUGUGACAAUGAGAUAUUAGUUGUAGUUGAUUCAAAGAUAGGGUAUAUCAUUAAGGUAAAAUUGAAAAUUGAUUGUGUUCACAAUAAUGCUGCUAUAGAGCUAAUGCGAGGUGUUCGAUAUCGAUAUCAACUAACAAACCUCAUAUCAGGUCUGGUUGUUCAAGACAUGGCUCCGGUGAGCUUGGGUUUGUCUCAUUAG